AUGUUCCAGGCAACAAUCAACCAGCAACCACCUCCGUCUACACAGUGGAAUCCAAGAGCUAAUCUCGCUGUUGGCUCUCCAUCUCCUGCAAACAACUGGUACUUAGACAGUGGAGCCACCCAUCAUAUCACGUCAGACCUCAACAAUCUUGCCCUUCAUCAGCCAUAUCAUGGAGGUGAUGAUGUCACCAUUGCUGAUGGUUCCACAGUCCCCGUCACUCACACCGGAUCUGAGUACGGGGUCCCAUUGCUUUGCGGCAGAACUAAGGAUGACCUCUAUGAGUGGCCAAUGACAGCGUCUCAUGUCCAAGCUCUGUUUGCUGCGCCUAAUUCCAGAGCUACUCUAUCAUCAUGGCACUCUCGUCUAGGCCACCCAUCUUCCACUAUCUUAAACACUAUCCUCUCUCGUUGUUCUUUACCUGUUGCAUCUCCUUCUCAAAAACUUUUGUCUUGCAACGAUUGUUUAAUCAAUAAAAGUCACAAACUACCAUUUUCUCAUUCCACAAUCACUUCUACAAAACCCCUCAAAUACCUAUUCUCAGAUGUUUGGAGCUCUCCAAUCCUCUCUACUGAUCAUUACAAAUACUAUCUUGUCAUUAUUGACCAUUUUACCCGUUAUACAUGGCUGUAUCCACUCAAAAAGAAGUCCCAAGUCAAAGAAACCAUCAUCGCCUACAAGAAUCUGGAUGAAAAUCACUUCAAGACGAAGAUUGGUACCUUUUACUCUGAUAAUGGUGGAGAAUUUGUAGCUUUGCGGAGCUUCUUCUCAUCUGUUGGUAUCUCUCAUCUCACGUCUCCACCACAUACACCUGAGCACAAUGGAAUCGCUGAACGGAAGCACAGACACGUUGUUGAGACUGGUCUCACACUCUUGUCAAAAGCAUCGGUUCCGAAAACUUAUUGGCCCUUUGCGUUCACGGUGGCUGUGUACCUCAUCAAUCACAUGCCCACACCAGUCAUCUCCAUGGAAAAACCGUAUCAGAAACUCUUUGGGAAGUCUCCCAAUUACGAGAAACUACGAGUUUUUGGAUGCUCCUGUUUUCCCUGGCUCCGGCCAUAUAAUCGUCACAAACUCGACGAUCGUUCCCUUCACUGUGUCUUCCUCGGAUACUCUGCCACUCAGAGUGCAUACCUCUGUUAUCACCUACCGACCGAUCGUUUAUACGUCUCUCGGCACGUCCAAUUCGAUGAAACAUCUUUUCCGUUUGCCCAACCGAGUUUCCGCCGCCUGGAAGAAGAUGGAAUCAAUCCCUCAGCCGCUGUCACUUGGCCUCCUCACUCGAGUCUUCCGAUUCCGCCGUCGCAAACCCCCGACUCAGGUCCUCACCAGAACUCGCCGUCGCCUCAUCCCAAUACGCCACUUCCGUCUCCGGUCACUCAGGUAUCGCCUCUUCUCUCACACUCCAAUUCUGUCUCUCCCUCCUCUGAGCCCACUGCUCCAAAUGAAAAUGGGCCGCAACCCACGGCCCAGCACUCUUCUCCUUCAUCCUUUUCAGCCCACUCAAAUGAGCCUCAUUCUCCACACCUUUCUCAACCAAAUUUGGCCCAAACCACCUCGAAUCUGCCGUCUUCGUCGACUUCGCUGUCUUCGUCGACUUCACCGUCCUCGUCGACUCCGUCGUCGUCGUCGUCGAUUCCGUCGACUCCAAAUUCGCCUUCUUCUCCACUAUUGUCUCCUUCUCCUUCACCGCAACCUCAGUCCCCGUCUCCUUCCCCUGAACCUCACGUUCAAAUCCUUCCUCAAAACCACCACAAUAUGGCUACCCGUGCCAAAUCCGGCAUCACGAAACCAAAUACCAAAUACCUCCUUGCCGUUUUCACCUCCUCUACCUUUGAACCACGUACUGUGACUCAAGCGUUACAAGAUGAACGAUGGAGGAACGCCUGUACCUCUGAGAUUAAUACGCAGAUUGGAAAUCACAGUUGGGACUUGGUUCCACUGCCAGAAUAUGAUGUCACGGUGGUUGGUUGCCGAUGGAUUUUCACCAUCAAGCAGAAUCCGGAUCAGUCGGUCAAUCGCUACAAAGCUCGUCUUGUGGCCAAGGGCUACGAUCAACAACUUGGUCGCGACUACGCUGAGACUUUUAGUCAUGUGAUCAAGUCCACCACGAUGCGCAUUGUUCUAGGAGUUGCAGUUGAUUACGACUGGCUUGUGCGUCAACUUGAUGUUAACAACGCGUUUCUUCAGGGGACGUUCACUGAUGAAGUUUACAUGGCUCAGCCACCAGGGUUCGUUGACAAGGACAGACCCAACCAUGUGUGUCGCUUACGGAAAGCGAUCUACGGACUCAAACAAGCGCCGCGUGCCUGGUACAUUGAGCUCCGUACAUUCCUUGUCUCAGUUGGUUUUCUCAACUCUGUUUCUGACACUUCGUUGUUCAUUCUGAAGAAAGGCACAUCGAUUGUCUAUCUUUUAGUCUAUGUGGAUGAUAUAUUGGUCACUGGAAAUGAUAAUUCACUGAUUAAGCAAACGUUGGAUUCACUGGGUACUCGGUUCUCUGUCAAGGAUCAUGAGGCGCUUCAUUACUUGCUUGGUAUUGAGACAAAACGGAAUAGCUCUGGUCUGCACUUGUGUCAGCGGAAAUAUAUCUUGGAGCUACUGGAACGCACUAACAUGCUUGGCGCUAAACCAGUGACGACUCCCAUGGCGACCUCACCAAAGCUUUCUCUUCACUCUGGGACUCGUCUCCCUGAUCCUAAACCAUACAGAACAGCAGUUGGCAGUCUACAAUAUCUAGCCUUUACUAGACCAGAUAUCUCCUUUGUGGUAAACAAACUCUCUCAGUUUAUGCAUGCUCCAACUACUGAUCAUUGGUCUGAUGUGAAGCGAGUUCUUCGCUACUUGGCUGGCACUUUGGACCACGGUAUUCUCUUUCGUCAUGGUAACACUCUUACACUUCAUGUGUAUUCUGAUGCUGAUUGGGGUGGUGAUUCUGAUAACUAUGCUUCUACUAAUGGAUAUGUUGUUUAUCUUGGUCAUCAUCCUGUUUUUUGGUCUUCAAAGAUCUUACUAAUGGAUACAAACAUCUUACAUAAUGUUUCUCAUUGCAAAUAG